AUGGUGGUGCACACCUGUAAUCCCAGCAAGCUGCGGCAGGAGGAGGCACAGCGGGAAACCCGCACGCAACGGAGCCGAGAGCCAGCGCCCCGCGCCCGGCGCCAGAGAGGGGUUCGGGGCCUUCGGCCAGGCCGAGGCCGAGGCCGCAGAGCGGCGGAGCUCUGCCCGCAGAGCAGUGACUCGGACGGCCGGGCCUCGGCCUCCUCCCCGUGCGUGCGCGCGGCGGUGCGGGCCGGGCCUGCCGGAAGCCGGCGGAGGCGGCGGCGAGCGAGGCGACACCCUCAGGCGGGCGAACCCUUCCCGGGGCCAGCAGGCCUGCGCGGCGCGGACGGCGCCCCGACGAGAGCGAGGGGAGCAGACGGCGCCUGCGCUUCCAGCCGGCGGGCGGCGCGAGCCCCCCCCAGCCGGAGCCCCGCCUGCCGCCCGCCGCCCAGCGCAGUGUCGGGGCUGCGGCGCCGCCACGCACACGCCCCCGGGCGGCGGUCCUGCUCUGCUCGGGUCGGCUCCUGCAGCCCUCGGACGGGAACCGUCCACCGCCCGGCGCUCCCGGCUUCUGGAGAGCCCGCUCAUUCAGACCUCAUGGCGCCCAGAAAGCUGAAAGCUGCGGCGCUGGCCCUGCAGAGGACGGGGUCCCUGAGCUGCGCCCCCUUCGCCGGAGUUGCGGGAAGCCUCGCCGUCCAGCGGCUCGGCCUUUUCUUUUUUUUUUCGUCCCCUGCGGCCCAGGGCUCCCCCUAGAGCCGCCGGGCGCUCGGCUGUCCUAGCCCGGGAGCCAGAGAUGGACAGAAAGCGUCCCCCUCCCGGUUCCCCCCUGGUUUUGUCUUGGCAAUAAAACAGAAGCUGCUGGCAUAGCUAUGGGCAAGCUUUGGAAUUGUCUUGCAGGUCAGCAGGCCAAGGAUGCAGCUCGAGAGACCCAGGAGAGUCUCGGUGACAGUGAAGGCCUAGCUGCCCUAGCGGACUCCUGGGUGCCCGCUGUGGAGCCCCCACUUCCUGGUGGUCACUUGGAGGACUCGGCUGUGCGCUCGCCACCCAGGUCCAGCACGAUGGGCGGGACAGUGGAGCAAGACGGCUGGCCGGGCUGAGGCUACCGGGGUUGGAAACCUCUGCAGAAUCAAGAGGUUGAUGUGAGAAACAAAAACCAAGUGGAGGAAGGAUGGUUCGGCCAACGGUUGCAGAGUGCAGAACGUCCACGACAGAGAGGAAGGACCGUGUUACAGACAGGAGGAGAGAUCUGGGAACUGUAGAUGCGGCCCAGGGUCACACAUUUCGUGCCACGGGGGAGCCAGGACACAGAGACAGGCCAGGCCGACUCUGGAUCCCUGAACUGCUCUGCCACAAGGAAGACAGCCAGUUUGCUUUCAGACUUCUCUGCAAUAUUAGCUUUCACAAGGGAGGAGGAGGAGGAAAAAGGAGGGAAUGGAAGGAAGUAAGGAAAGAAAGAGGAAGGAGUGAGCCGUGUGUGGUGGCUCACGCCUGUAAUCCCAGCGCUUGGGAGGCUGAGGCAGGAGAAUCCUCGUGAGUUCAAGACCAGCCUGGGCUACAAAGUGAGCUCAAGGCCAGCCUGAAUUGCAGAGAGACCCUGUCUCAAAAAGACCAAAAAAAAAAAGAGGAACAAGGAAGAGAAGAAUAUUCCAUGUAGACUUGGUUGAGAAAAUAUAACUGAAGAUUCCUCCACUCUGCCAAAUUCUCUUUUACAGUUUUCCAAUAGCCAGCAAGUGUUAGACACACACAGUGUGACAGGCAUGCUCUAAGUGAUCUGUCCAUGUAUUGAGUUACUUGCUUCAUGAACAGCCCCGUAAGGCAAGAAUUCCUGUCACCCCGACUUUAGAGGUGAGAACACUGAAGCCCAGGCAGUUCUUUGUUCCAGACCGAAAGAAUCUAGAAAUCACCUCUAGGAGACGCCAGUACCCCCAAAACCUGGUAAUAAUCGUCCAUCCUUUAAAAGAAACACAGUUCUACCAACACCUUUAUUUUAACCUCAGGAAACUGAUUUUGGCCUUUUGGUCUCCAGGACCAUAAGAAAAUAAAUGUAUGUUGUUGUAAA